AUGUUUAUAUCUCAAAAGAUCCAAAAUGUCCUUACCAGUGGUCAUACUUUAAGAUAUGAGGAUGCUGUCUCCAAUUCACUCUCUUCAACGAACGAAUUUUUCUUAACAAAGGAAUGGAACGAUAUUUGGAGGGUGAUUGGGAGUGACGAAGUCUUUUUAAUGCUAACAACGUAUUCUCUUUUUCUAUUACACAAUAAGUCAUGGAUCCAGCUGGCUGGACCUCCUUUGAAUGAGUUUCUAACUCGAAGUGGGAGAUCGCCCCAUUUGAGCUCCUUUUCGAUUUCUUCCUUGUGCUAUCGAUUGUCUUUUUCCAAAUCCUAUGGCUUUCCUUCCACCCACAUUUUCGCGAAGCUAAAUCGUCUAAAUGGCACGCUAAUGGGGAAAACGUUUGUCAAAACGAUUCACAAACAAACAGCUUUGAUCUUGCUUCACGAAAUGCUACGUCCUUGCUAUCCUCACUGGGAUUCCUUUUCUUUGAAUGAAGAAAUCGAUGCGGUCGCAACAGGCAAGAAGAUUCGCAUUCGGUUUUAUCCCCGCUUAGAAAAGUUGCUCGUUUUGGUAGCGAAAGUUUUGUUUAACUCGACUCAAAUUCCUUACGGAGUUUAUUUGCAUUCUGUCGCUCCCCUGCCAUCGAGUUAUCUGCGCUAUAAUUCUUGUCAGUGCGUUCAUUUAACUCAAAACAUUCAGCUGUAUGAUUCGAUCCCUUCAUUGCCGAAAGAUUCAAAGAUUGGAUCGACCUCAAAGGACAAUCUCUCAGCAUUUGUGUCUUCGCAUCAAGUUUUUGACUUUGUUCGAAAAUGUUUGCGUCGAUUGCUUCCGCAUUCUCUCUUUUCGUCUCGACGCAAUUGGAGAUCUUUUUAUAAUCAUAUCUAUUUGCUGAUUAGCAGCACAAAGAAAAGCGGACUCCGGUUAGACGAGAUGGUUCGUGGAAUCAAACUGCACGAUAUUGAUUGGUUAAAGACUUCUGGAAAACCCACAAGCGAUACUUCUCGAUUCAAUACGCUUUUGCUUUAUUCAGUAAUGUCGUUCCUCAUUAAGAGCAUUGUCGUUUUACAACUUCUUUUUCGCUUGAUCGAUUAG